UUGUUCAUAUGCAUAAGGUCAUUACAACGAGCACUAGACAAGAGACUCUAUCUUCUUGUUCAUGGUACCACACAUGGCUCUCCUAGUGAAAAGCCUGUCUGGCAUUUUCCAGAAAAAGUUUAUGAUUCCGAAGAGACCCUGCGAAAGUGUGCUGAAUCUGCCCUAAAAUCUGUAAUUGGGGAUCUUUCACAUACAUAUUUUGUUGGAAAUGCCCCUAUGGGACAUAUCGCCGUACAACCCACUGAAGAUAAGGAAAAGACAUCAUUUAAGCGCUUCUUCUUCAAAUCCCAAGUUAUUGCGACCAAUAAAUUUAAUAUUAGGAAGUGUGAUGAUUUUGUCUGGGUGACGAAAGAUGAAUUGUUGGUAUACUUUCCUGAGCAAGCUGAAUUUUUGAACAAGAUGAUCAUCAGCUGAUGUUGGUUUCCAUUCCAACUUUAGCUUGGUAGCUGAGUUAACUUUGAUUAUAGGCUGAUGUUAAAAUCCAUUUGUUUCCACCAAUGUAACGGGUUUUGACAACUGGAAAUGAUAUUAGAUCCUAACUGUAAGAUCUGGCUUCAAGUUGCCAGUGCGCCAGGCCCUCCGACAGGGUUUGGACUCAUCAAGUUUUGUAGAAUUUUGAAUAUAGGACACUUAAGAUUGUGACGGCCUUCUGCGUCCGGGUUCUCCAUACUCCUCUUUGUGAGAAGAUGUGCUCAAAACUCUGAAUUGUCCAUGCAAUUUGCUAGUAUAUGCUUGUAGAUGCAUGAUUUCAUCUCAUGUGAUGAAGUAAACAAAAUAAAUUACGUGUUUGUUGUAGUAGAUGUGAGCUUUAGUCCAAUUGUCUCAUAGCUGCAUUGUGCAUUGAGAAUAUUCUGAUUAUCAAGGUGAUUGCGCCUUUAAUAGUUAAGUGCAUGGUCUAAGUUUGAGGAGU